AAACCAUAUACUCCCUCACAAUCGUGUCAAUCCCUAACCCUCGGCCGCCGCCGCACUCUCCGACCGUCGCUACCCGUAGCCGCCAUGGCCGCCGUCGUUGUAUCUCCGUCUUCUGUCCAGAAGCUUUCGUUUCUCAUUUCAUCACCGCGAAAUGAGUCAUUUCCGAGAUCCAAAAGCCUCGCCGUCGAAUCCAAGCUCCGCUACCACACUCAUUCCUAUUCUACUCAUCGGACAAUGCCCUUCGCGGUUCCUGAUAAGACGUCUGCGUCGUCAUCAGCCAGUUCGUCCUCCGAAAAAGCUCUCAAUCGAAUCAUAGUCAUCGACAAUUACGACAGCUUCACUUACAAUCUCUGCCAAUAUUUGGGUGAGCUUGGUUGCGAAAUCGAGGUAUACAGAAAUGAUGAACUUACCGUAGAUGAGCUAAAAAGGAAAAAUCCUCGAGGUGUAGUAAUAUCACCUGGACCUGGUACACCUCAGGAUUCGGGAAUUUCAUUACAGACCGUGCUGGAGGUUGGACCUACUGUGCCGUUAUUUGGUGUGUGCAUGGGAUUGCAAUGCAUUGGUGAAGCUUUUGGAGGGAAAAUUGUGAGGUCUCCUUUUGGUGUUGUUCAUGGAAAAGGUUCCCCUGUAUACUAUAAUGAAGGUGGGGAAGAUGGCCUGUUUACAGGAUUAUCAAACCCCUUUACUGCUGCUAGGUACCAUAGCCUUGUGAUUGAAAAGGAAAGUUUUCCAAGCAAUGCCCUUGAAAUAACCGCGUGGACAGAAGAUGGAUUGAUUAUGGCUGCCCGCCACAGACAGCAUCGCCAUAUACAGGGAGUUCAAUUUCACCCGGAGAGCAUCAUAUCGGACGAAGGAAAAGCCAUAGUUCAUAAUUUCAUCAAAUUGGUAGAGAAGAAAGAAGCUGCUGCAGCUGCUGCAUCUGCACCAGCCGACUCCAUGAAAUAGUGUUCAUCCUCAAAAAUCAAUUUUAUCAACAAUCUUGAAAGGUUUGUAUUUAAAUAUAUAUAUAUAUAUAUAUUGCUGUCUUCAAUAUAUACAUAUAUAAGUUUCUGUUUUGUUUGUGUUAUAAUUCAAAGAUUAAAUUGUUGUAGAAAAAGAACUGAUUGGAAAUCCUACAAUCUGUGAAUUUUUUCCCAACUAUUUAAUUCAAGCUUUGUUUGCGAAA